GUCCAACUCCAACUCCAACUGCCAACUGCAGCUCCAAGACUCAACUCUGAGACUCAACUCCAGGACCAUAUCUCAAUCACCCUCUCCUCCUAGAACCGGCAUCUAUCAUGGACUCUGCUGCACCCGCCGAAGAGCCGGCGCCCUCCGUCAUCCGCUACGUGCUCGGCUUCCUCCUCAUCGGUCUGGCAUGGGGCUUCACAACGCCCUUCAUGCGCGCCGCGGCACGCACGCACAAACCACCGCCGCACCCGAUACUGGACACCCCCUCAGUGAAGGGGAGCUGGCUGAAGAGUAAGCUUUACGGGGCCUUCUUUGGCGUCGUCGAUCUCUUGAGGAAUCCGAGGUAUGCCGUGCCGCUGGUCAUCAACCUGACUGGCAGCAUUUGGUUCUUUUUGCUGAUCGGGAAAGCCGAACUGAGCUUGACGGUUCCGAUUACUAACUCGAUGGCAUUUCUCUUCACUGUCAUUGGGGAAUGGUGGGUUGAGAGGAAAGUUAUUAGUAGAGAUACUUGGAUUGGAAUGACAUUGUCAUUGUGUGGGAUAGCGUUAUGUGUUCACAGCAAGUCUGGCUGAACUGGAGAUCGUUUCAAACACACUGUGUAUCUUAUUCCAUCUUCUAUGCCAUUAAUGCUAGUAGACAGACGAAGAUAAACAUAGAAUUAUUAUGAGAGACAAAUGCACCUGGCAAUGUCCCUCCC